AUGUUAACAUCGAAUAUUCAUGAACAAUGUCUUAUCAAUUCUUCAAAUCAUUAUAAAACAAAAGUCUUAAUAAUAACGAGUGAUAAUUCGAUAUUAAAUGCAUUAGAAUUUAAAUCAAAACAUUUAGAAAUCAAUAAUACAAAUAAUAAAGACGUUAAAACAUUAGCAUUUGAUUUAAAUUCUAAUUUUGAUAAAAAUAUUAUGGAAUUAGCAUUAUCAUCAGGAUCAUCUAGAUCGGUAAGUUAGAUUGAAUGAUGUGCAAAACUAUUGAAUAUUAGAAAUGAUUUGAUGAUUGAACUGAUGUUAAUCUGGAAAAGAAAUUAUUUGAAAUCAUAUUCAUACGAGAGAACACAUUCAUUUGUCUCUAGUCUUUAUGAAUAUCAACUAAAUCGCUUAUUUUAGUAUGUCUCUGAACGUAGAAUGUUCGAUUACUAAACCUGAUAAAGGACCCUCACAGUGGACAAUCAUCUGGACAUUAGGUGAAAAAAUGAAAGCACAAUUUUUCGAGAUUCAAAUAGUGGCAAAUAUAAUUUGAAUACCGCGCUAUUUAAUGGUAAAAAGUUUUUUUAUUCUAUGUGCCGUAGUUAGUGAGAAACUUAAUGAAAAUGUGGUGUUGAAACUCAGCUCCUUAGAAAAGUGGUUCGGUGGUACUCACAGGAACAAAUAUUAUGUUAAAAAUCGUCCAUAAUCUCCAACUAGACCUGUCACUGUAUGGAUUUUAUAAAAAAAAGUUCUUUUUUUAAUCAUUUCUGUUAGGAGAAAAAAAUUUUCUUUCUGCGCUUAGUCCAUUCUUAAAUGGAUAGUUUCAGUAAAAUGAGCCUCCCCACCAC